UCUCCUUCAUUUAUUAAUUUGAUGAAAAUCGGAGUGCCUUCCAGUAUUCGAAUUAUAUGUAGAAAAACAUUGAAAGAAAAAAUUCAACAAGAAUAUAAAAAAAUGAAAUCUGCAAUUGAAAAUAAACUUGCUGAAAUUGAAGUUAUCUCAGCUACAGCUGAUUUGUGGAGUAAAGCAAAAAGAAGUUAUCUUGGAAUUACAAUUCACUGGAUCAAUCCCCAAACCUUACAAAGAGAAUCAGUUGCACUAGCUUGCCGAAGAAUAAAAGGAAGGCAUAUGUAUGAUAAUUUGGCGAAAGCUAUUAUGUCUGUGUUUUUAGAUUACCAUAUUCAAAAUAAAAUAUGUUGCACGACAACUGAUAACGGUUCAAAUUUCGUCAAGGCAUUUCG